AUGUACAACCAAAAAUUUGAGUUCACAAGAAAACAACUCCUUCUAUAUCUAACCUCAACUAUCAGAAGUUGUAGCAUAUAUUGA